AUGCCAAUUAUAGAGUUUCAUUUCAAUUGGGAUCGAGUGCAAUUAGAAAAAGAAAAUAAAAGCGAACAAUCACUCUUUCGAAAGUAUUUCCACAUUGCAAGAUGGAUUUAUAAUGUACACAGAACAAUAGGAAUUACAGCAGGUGCUGGAAUGGGAUUAAUAGAAACUAAUCAUCAGGAUGGAUUGAUAAAAGUGAACUUAAUGUCCGGAGUUUUGAUGAUCGAACCGCUAAUCAUUAAUGUGGUGGUACGGGAGGAAGGUUACAAUUAUAAUUAUUUGGAUCGAUUUGGAAAAGUAGAAAAGAUGAAACCGCUUUGGAACAUCACAUCGUCCGUCAAAAUAAUCGACGAGCUUACACCUAUUCAAAAGUUUUACGACGAUGAAAGUGUAUUUUUGACUGGCGGAACCGGAUUCAUGGGAAAAUUAUUAAUCGAGAAAUUGUUAAGAGGAUGUUCUGGCAUCAGAUGCAUUUAUAUUUUGAUACGUUCGAAAAAAGGGAAAAAUGUUCUUGAACGCUUGGAUGAACUUAUGGAAGAUUCGUUAAAGAAAGUAGAACUAAAAUUCCGGAAACGAAUAGUCGCAAUCAAGGGAGAUUGUAGCUUGCCAAAUCUCGGUAUUGCCAAAAUUGAUAGAGUUAUACUCGUACACGAAGUAUCAAUUGUUUUCAAUGUCAUCGCGACCGUGAGAUUCAAUGAAGAAAUGAAAGCGGCGAUAGCUAUUAUCAUCCAAAGUCUAAGGGAUUUGAUAAAUUUGUCCAAAGAAAUGCUAAAUCUGAAGAGUUUCGUACGCGUAUCAACGGCUUAUGCUAAUUGUCUUCAUAAUCCGAUUAAAGAGAUAUUUUAUGAUCCACCCAUGGAUGGGGACAAGUUGAUUGAUCUGAUGAAUUCUUUGGAUGAAAAAUUGCUCAAUGACAUUACACCGCGAUGGAUCGACAAUAUGAACGAACCAGUAGGAAUUACUGCAGGCAUUUUAAUGGGAUUAAUGAGAACUCAUUAUUGUGAUGGGUCGUUAAAAAUAAACUUGGUGUCCGGAGAUCUAACUAUAAAUGGUCUAAUUGCGAGUGCCUGGGACAUUGCAAAUAAUCAUCGAUAG